AUGCCAUUUCAAGAUUUUCGAUGUGGUUCUGGCGCAUUUUCAACAACAAUUUCAUAUACUUCAUCGUUAUUAUGUGAUCAGAUACAGAGUUUGUAGACCAAAAAAUAAUAACAUAUCCUAUAAUUUUCAGUGAAUCAAUGUUGUAUGCUACACGAUCAAUGUUAUAGUUCUUGUUCAGUUCCUCAAACUGCUUGUGACACUGAUUUCUGUAAUUGUCUAUCUUCAAUAGUCACAAAUCCUUUAUGUGGAGCUCUUGUUUUCCCGGGUCAUUGUAUGUUUGCCAGAUUAUUUGGAAAUCUUUUUUAUUUGUCCUUUAAUGGGUUAA